AUGGCGGUUUGUUCAGUACAAAAUGACAUGUUUAGCAUAGAGGAGAACAACCCACCAGGGAUGGUGAUCACCAACGUUAGAGCAGCUGCUGGUGUCACGGUCACCGUUGACCCUCAGCCAGGAACAGACUUUCACUGGUUUGAGAUGAAGGACUUGCAACUUAUCCUGAAAUAUUCAGUGGAUUACGAGAAUACAACAGUGCUGCUAGUGUUCCUGAAAUGCACCGGUGCGGGGAUGAUAGAAACUGUUCUGAACAUUGUGGUGACCAUUGUCAAUGUGAAUGACAACCCACCCGUUUUUAGUCACACUAACAUGACCGUCCGUGUUAAUGAGGAUACAAAAGUGAACACAGUCAUUGUGCCCCAGGCAAAUGUAACUGCGACUGAUGCUGACUUAGAUGUAAUAUAUUACAGCCUUACAGGAAAUCCAACAGUAGCAACAGCUUAUUUCAAUAUACAAGGCGUUAAUAACCCACAGAUUUCCCUGCGCAGGGCUCUGGAUUAUGAGCAAAUCAACUUCAUGGUGCUUACCUUACAUGCCAUGGACGGCACAGCCAGCGCAGUGGGCACGCACACCGCCACAGCAACUAUAAGCAUCUACAUCCUGCAGGCUGACCUCAGGCCUCCCUGGUUCCAGCCAUGCACUUUCAUCGGAGGCACCAACACCGUGUGCCUCAGCCAUGGCUACAGGGGCAAGAUCAACAUCUCGGAGAUGGCGACUGAGCCCCUAAUCUUGGAGCCAGGGCCACUCUAUGCCAUUGAUGGAGAUAAAACUUUGAAUGAAAAGAUCGUGUAUGAAAUGGCAGGUGGUGUACUUACAUCCCGUAUGUAUACAGUCCAAGACAUGACUGCUCUGGGUGUGACUCUGGGUUGUUUAUUGGCAGUCGCACUAGUGCUGCUCGGACUGGUCUCCUACAGGUAUUACAAGAUGAAAAGGAGCAGCUGCAAAUUUGAAGGCUUCGUCAACACCAACUUCCAAAAUGAUGAAAAGUUUGACUCGGUUGGAAAGGGCAGCUUGUUGUCAGCAAGCAUUGCGGCUAUGAGCAGCUUUCCAGACACCUUGGCUCCCUUGGGAAAAAGCCCGGCAGAAAGAGCCUUUGAUGCAAUCCUGGAGAAGGCAGAAAAAGAUGAGGAGACAGACAGCUCAAAGGAAGUACGAUCCAUUCUCACGAAAGACAGGAGGAUGUCAGACAACGGCUACAAGGCGGUGUGGUUUAAGGAGGACAUUGACCCAGAAGCUAAGGAUGAUGUCCUGGUGAUUGAAGACGACAAUGAUGUGGAACCACAUAUGAGCAACGCUGUUGAAGACGACAACAGUGACCAGGACAGUGAAAGCAGUGGUGAUGGCGGUGGCAUGCACAUCACUCCAGGAGAAGCCCAGCUGCAGGGAGCUGAUCCUCCUGCCAUCCAGCUCUUUUGGGAUAUGGAAGCCAGGAGCGUUGAUUUGUAG